CCAAGGAUAAGACAGUAACUUCUCUGUGGUCCCGGGCUGAAAAAGGAUCCCGACUGAAAGCUAGAGGCAUAAAGAAGCCUGAAGAAUCUCAUGUAACUCUGGGAACUGAAAGGCAGACAUUGUACAAGAGGAACGAAAGGUUUGAAGGAGAAUUACAACGGCAAAUGGAACCAGUAACAGGCAGACCAAACAUACUCUGAAGGUCAUGGAGUCUUCCCUAUGGGAGUGACAUUUAAGCUGAGUCCUGAAGCAUGGACACUGGAACAAUUCUUGAUGCAUAGCAGUUAUGCCUUAAAUAUUUGUUGAAUAAAUGGAUGGACAGAAGAGGUUUUAAAGAACCAAGAGUGCCAGAGAAGACCUUUGAAGUGUGAAGAGAUUUCCUGUAAUUGAAACCAAAAUGUCAUUUAUAGAUCCUUAUCAGCACAUUAUAGUGGAGCACCAGUAUUCCCACAAGUUCACGGUAGUGGUGUUACGUGCCACCAAAGUGACAAAGGGGGCCUUCGGUGACAUGCUUGACACUCCAGAUCCCUACGUGGAACUUUUCAUCUCCUCAACCCCUGACAGCAGGAAGAGAACAAGACACUUCAAUAACAACAUAAACCCCGUGUGGAAUGAGACCUUUGAAUUUAUUUUGGAUCCGAAUCAGGAAAAUGUUUUGGAGAUUACGUUAAUGGAUGCCAAUUAUGUCAUGGAUGAAACUCUGGGGACAGCAACAUUUCCCAUAUCGUCUAUGAAAGUGGGAGAGAAGAAAGAGGUUCCUUUCAUUUUCAACCAAGUCACUGAAAUGAUUCUGGAAAUGUCUCUUGAAGUUUGUUCGUCCCCAGACCUCCGAUUUAGCAUGGCUCUGUGUGAUCAGGAGAAAGCUUUCAGACAACAGAGAAAAGAGAACAUAAAGGAAAACAUGAAGAAACUCCUGGGUCCAAAGAAGAGUGAAGGCUUGUAUUCAACACGUGAUGUGCCUGUGGUUGCCAUCUUGGGCUCAGGCGGAGGGUUCCGAGCCAUGGUGGGAUUCUCCGGGGUGAUGAAGGCACUGUAUGAGUCAGGAAUCUUGGAUUGUGCUACCUAUGUGGCUGGUCUUUCUGGCUCCACGUGGUACAUGUCAACCUUGUAUUCUCACCCUGAUUUUCCAGAGAAAGGGCCAGAGGAGAUUAAUAAAGAGCUAAUGAAAAAUGUUAGCUACAACCCCCUUUUACUUCUCACGCCACAGAAAAUUAAGAGAUAUGUUGAGUCUUUGUGGAAGAAGAAAAGCUCUGGACAACCUGUCACCUUUACUGAUAUCUUUGGGAUGUUAAUAGGAGAAACACUAAUUCACAAUAGAAUGAACACUACCUUGAGUAGUUUGAAGGAAAAGGUCAAUACUGCACAGUGCCCGUUACCUCUUUUCACCUGUCUCCAUGUGAAACCCGAUGUUUCAGAGCUGAUGUUUGCAGAUUGGGUUGAAUUUAGUCCGUAUGAGAUUGGCAUGGCUAAAUAUGGGACUUUUAUGGCUCCAGACUUAUUUGGAAGCAAAUUUUUUAUGGGAACAGUUGUGAAGAAAUAUGAAGAAAACCCUUUGCAUUUCUUAAUGGGUGUCUGGGGCAGUGCCUUUUCUAUAUUGUUCAACAGAGUCUUGGGAGUUUCUGGCUCACAAAAUAAAGGUUCCACAAUGGAGGAAGAAUUAGAAAAUAUUACGGCAAAGCACAUUGUGAGUAAUGAUAGCUCAGAUAGCGAUGAUGAAUCACAAGAACCCAAAGGCACUGAGAAUGAAGAUGCUGAAAGGGACUAUCAAAAUGAUAAUCAAGCAAGUUGGGUCCAUCGUAUGUUAAUGGCCUUGGUGAGUGACUCCGCUUUAUUCAAUACCAGAGAAGGACGUGCUGGGAAGGUGCACAACUUCAUGCUGGGCUUGAAUCUCAACACAUCGUACCCACUGUCUCCCUUGAGGAACUUUACCACACAGGAAUCCUUGGAUGAAGAUGAACUGGAUGCAGCUGUAGCAGAUCCUGAUGAGUUUGAGCGCAUAUAUGAGCCUCUGGAUGUCAAAAGUAAAAAGAUUCAUGUAGUGGAUAGUGGCCUCACAUUUAACCUGCCGUACCCGCUGAUCCUGAGACCUCAAAGAGGAGUUGAUCUCAUCAUCUCCUUUGACUUUUCUGCAAGGCCAAGCGACUCUAGUCCUCCAUUCAAGGAACUUCUACUUGCAGAAAAGUGGGCUAAAAUGAACAAGCUCCCCUUUCCAAAGAUUGAUCCUUAUGUGUUUGAUAGAGAAGGACUGAAGGAGUGCUAUGUCUUUAAACCCAAGAAUCCUGAUGUGGAGAAAGAUUGCCCAACCAUCAUCCACUUUGUUCUGGCCAACAUCAACUUCAGGAAGUACAAGGCUCCAGGUGUUCCAAGAGAAACUAAGGAAGAGAAAGAAAUAGCUGAUUUUGAUAUUUUUGAUGACCCAGAAUCACCGUUUUCAACCUUCAACUUUCAAUAUCCAAAUCAAGCGUUCAAACGGCUGCACGAUCUGAUGCACUUCAACACCCUGAACAACAUUGACGUGAUUAAGAAUGCCAUCGUUGAAAGCAUUGAAUAUAGAAGGCAGAAUCCGUCUCGUUGCUCUGUUUCCCUCAGUAAUGUUGAGGCAAGAAGAUUCUUCAACAAGGAGUUUCUAAACAAACCCACAGCAUAGUUUGUGUACUGGAAAGGGCAGCAAUUUCUGAUGCUGAGGCAGUUUGAAAUUCCAUGACAACUGGAUUGAAGAGCACAGUACAGAUAUUAGUACUGAUCAUAAGAGACUGGCUAAUACACCAAGGUGCAGUUCUUUAGCUGCAUGAGAAUAAUACCCUUAGAAGUUUGUUAGGUUGACAAAUGAUGAUAAAAAAUAUCCUCAGCUGCAUUUUCUGUCAGUAUGAAUUUCCUGAUGCAAAUGUGGGGACAUAUACUGUAUUUUUUAGACAUUCCUCAGCAACUGUCUUAUGUGUCCUCUUUUUAAAAAUGUGGUUCCUUUGUACAAUAUGUAACAGUUCAGUCUCGAUAAGUAAGAUUUUGCAUUGUGUGUGACUGUUAUUCACUGACUGGAUUUAUUCAUGUCAUGAGACAACACUAUUUUUUAUUUAUAUAUACAUUUCGUACAUAUAUGAAAUAAAUCUAUAUGCAAAUUAGCAUGAGAUAGCAA